CUCUCCCCGCUCAACCCAGCCCCUCCCUCGUGCAGUUCCUUCCUCCUCCCCUGGCGCGCCUGCGCCUUUCCCUGUCCUGCUCCUCGCGCCGGAGGAGCCUGCGAGCUGCGGCGGCGAGGUCAGCCUGGGAGGGCAGCGGGCGAUGGAGAUCGUGGGGACGCAGCAACAGGGGCCCGCCGGCAGGAAGAGGCUGCCCAACCGCGAGAGGCCCACGGCCGAGGACGAUGCCCUGAACCAGAUCGCUCGCGAGGCUGAAGCGAGGCUUGCAGCGAAACGUGCAGCACGAGCUGAAGCUCGAGAAAUCCGAAUGAAGGAACUUGAGAGGCAGCAAAAAGAGAUCUAUCAAGUUCAAAAGAAAUAUUAUGGUCUGGAUACAAAGUUUGGAGACAUCGAGCAGUGGAUGGAAGACAGUGAGCGUUACACUCGUAAACCCAGAAGAAAUGCCUCGGCGUCGGAUGAAGAUGAGUGCAUAUCAGUGGGUAGCCGUGGAAGCCGAAGGAGUGACUUGGAUUAUGCCAGCACCUAUGCAGUGGCUGGAUUGGAGAAAGACAGGACCCAAAGGAUGAACUUCAAAACAACAAACGGUUACGAAGAAGACAUGUAUGGUUCGUCCCAGAGUAGAAAAUCUAGUAGGGCUUCCUGCUACUCUGACCUUAGUCCUCAUUGCAGUGGCUUUCCUUCCAAAUCCCAACCUUCUUCCCAAAAUGGAAAUCGGCCCUCCUUAUUGUACAGUGAUACUCUACCAGCCAGAAGUUACAGGGCAUCUCUAUAUGAUGAAAACUGUAACAGUGGGAAUCGUCGAUAUAGUGCCUCUAGUUCGCGUCCUCCUUCGGAAUACAGUUGCUAUCUUGGCUCAGGAUCUCGAGCUUCUUCUAGAGCAAGCUCUGCUCGUGCAAGUCCUGUGGUUGAAGAAAGACCUGAAAAAGACUUUGAGAAGGGAGUUCGUACUGUGUCAAGUCUUUCAGCAGCUACGCUGGCCUCUCUAGGUGGAACUUCUUCCCGGCGAGGCAGUGGAGAUACGUCCAUCUCAGUUGAUACCGAAGCAUCUAUUAGAGAAAUUAAGGAUAUCAAUGAGUUAAAGGACCAGAUUCAGGAUGUAGAAGGAAAAUACAUGCAGGGACUAAAGGAAAUGAAGGACUCUCUAGCUGAAGUUGAAGAGAAAUAUAAGAAGGCUAUGGUGUCAAAUGCUCAAUUAGAUAACGAGAAAACCAAUUUCAUGUAUCAAGUGGACACCCUAAAGGAUGCAUUGUUGGAACUGGAAGAACAGCUUGCAGAAUCUAAGAGACAAUAUGAAGAGAAAAGCAAAGAUUUUGAGAGGGAAAAACAUGCUCACACUAUAUUGAAAUUUCAGUUCAUGGAAGUCAAAGAGACUUUGAAACAAAGAGAAGAACUACUUGCAGAAAUCCGACAACUACAACAGAAACAAGAGAGCUAUGUCAGGGAAAUGUCUGAUCUUCAGGAGACAAUAGAAUGGAAAGAAAAAAAGAUAGGGGCAUUAGAGAGGCAGAAAGAGUUCUUUGAUUCCGUAAGAAGUGAGCGAGAUGAUCUUAGAGAGGAGGUGAUUGUGCUGAAGGAACAAUUGAAGCAACAUGGAAUAAUCCCCAGUUCAGAAGUAACAAUCAAUGGGGAAACAUCUGGUGAUAUAAAUACCGAUGGAUUAACAAGUUCUUCCAAGAUUGUUCCAGGGUCAAGUCAUGUCCCUAAGAUAGCUGGGGAAGAUACACUAGGCAGAGCCAAUGAAGUGGAGAUGAAAAAUGAGAUUUUGGAGAAUUUGGGGAAAAGAGAAAUCUUGCAGAAUACUGAGCAUGAGGAACACACAGAGGAGACUAAGGAGCAGGCAAUUGUACAGGAAUGUUCGGAGAUAAAGACGUUGCAUGCUGAUGAAAAUGCGGAGGCAGAGAAAAUCACUGAAGGCAAAGUUUUAUCAACAUUGUUAUUAAAUAGUGGACUUGAGGAACCAGCUAAAAGUCAUUCAGAGCAUGUUCCAGGAAUUGUUUGUCCCCUUGAAAACAGUGGUGUAGUUGAAUCAAGGGGGGAAGGGGGGUCACAUGGUGAUACCAUAGAAGUGAAAGAAUCUGAUGCAAAUGUUGUAAAUAAAACUGGUAAUCAAAAUAAAAUCGCAGGUCCAGCUACUGAGGCUAAUCGGCAAAUAGACACAGGUUUAGAAAUACUUCCCCAACAGCAAAAUAAAGAAAAGCAAACAGAUAAUGUAGUUGAUGAGGCAGAAGGCGAUAAUAAUGAAGUAUUUCAGGAAGCUUUGGAUUUUGUAAAUAACAGCCAGAUGGCAAUUUCUAGUCAGUUAGAAUCACCAGAACUGGCAGAAGAUAUGCUUACCAAAGUGCCAAAUAUUGAUCCUUAUAAUGAACAGCCAGAAAACAAGAUUGUUGAGAGUGGUCUGCAGAGUCAGCUUCUCAAAGGUGGGGGUACUGAAAUAACAGAUAAAGCAGAGUGGGAUAAAAAUGUGACUGGUGGAAUGAAUGAAGAGAAUGAGAUGGAAAAUGCAGUUCUGCAGCCAGAGUGCAAAGGAGCAGCAGAGCAAACAGAAAUGUUAUGUACUGGUGGACAUACAUCAGAUGAGUUUGUAGAGGCACAAAAACAAGUUGAAAUUGAAAAAACUCAGCCCCUGUCUUCAAAAGAUGAUACAUUUUUUGAAGGGGAACAAACGCAGCAAGUGAUGGAAGCCAGUGAAAAGAAUACUGAAGAGAGUCCUACUGAAGAGACUGAUCAGAGGAAAGCUUUGUUAGAAGCACUGGAUGCACAUUUAAAUUCUGUUAAAAAGAAUGAGCAAAGUAUUGUGAAAGAGGAUCAUACAGAAGAAACUGGUGUAGAUGGUGUAAGUUACAGUGAAUGCCAAACCCCUGAGGAAAGGAACUUGGACCUUGAGGAUAAUUCUAAGAAAUGCAGGGACAUAAAACCAGAAUUCGUAGACGAUGGCAAAAUUCUGUCAGACACCCAGAUGACCCAUGAAGAAGUUGCUGAUGACAGUCAUGAGGAAGACUAUAAUCCAACACAAGUUAAUGACUGGCCUACAGAAGAUCACAGUGUAAACAAACAAGAUGAAACUAUUCAGGAAUCUGCCAGAACUGCAAGUAUAAAAAUGCAGGACAUUGAAGUACCCAAAAGAAAUGAAGAGAACAAGAAUCAAAAAGAGACAGAAGAAAAGGUUCUUGAUGUUGUGCCAGAUAUUGAGAAGGCUUCUUGCUCCUCACAGAAGGCUGAAGUCAGUGGUCAAGAGAGAAAGCUUGACAGUGAAGAAGAAGAAGAAGAAGUUGUGGAAGAAUAUCAUGAAGCAUUUGAUUUUGCUGAGUCUCCAUUUGGACAAGUGGAAACUAUUGAAAGGUGUGAUAACCAGAAUAAUGAAUUGGAGAAAAAUAAUCACCAAACACAAGAGAGAGAAGAAAUGAAAGAAAGUGCAGCACCAAAUGUAAUCAAAGAAGACUGUGAAAAGGAAUGUAGAGAUAAAGGAAGAGCUAUUGAAGAAAAUAAAAAGGAUAAAAGCUACCAAAUCUCAGCAGAUGAGGUGGUAACCAAAAGUGAAAAUAUCCUGCAGCAGCAAGGAAAAGAAUUUGAAGAAGCUGAACAUUUUCAACCUGAACCCUCUGUUUCAGAGUCCUCAAAGGCACAGUGUGAAAUGUUGGAAAGCGCAAGCAAACAGAUGUUAGGUGAAAUCAGUAUAACCCAAAUUGCUGAAUAUACUGCAGAGCAGUUGGAAAAGCUAGAAAAUGCUGUGGAUGAAAGCCAAGAGGAAACCCAGAUGGGUAAGAAAGGUAAAGGUAAAUCUCGGGAAGAUUGUAUGUUAUCAUAACCACAGAAGCUAGGUCAUUGUUGCAUGUUACAUACCAACCAUCUGAUAAGUUACAGAGUAAAAAUGUUCUUUCCAACAAAAGGUCAAAGAAAACAUUCUGCUUCAUUUGAAAGGAAAAGUUUAACAAUGGAACUGGUUUCACACUCUAAAUACAUUUUAUACAAUUUAUAUCAAUAAUUAAUGCAUAUGAAGAUUUUCUUACCUCUCAGGUUUUAAUUGCUAUUUAUCAUAGUAAAACAAAGCUAUUAAUCAUACUAAUUCCUAAUCAAGUGUCUUUAAUAUUUUCACCACCAGUAUAAUAUGGUAUUUGAUCUCCCCCACUCUAAUAUUUUAAUGAAAGCUGAGAUUUGAACGUAUUUAGAAACUGACCACGUUAUCUAACAAUUGUCAGACACCUUUUUAUGUGAUUCAGCUUGUUACAAAGCACUGUAGCUUCGUUACCCUUUCAAAUGUUGAUCAUUGCCAGAGGGUGAUAAAAUUGCACUUUAUACAGGUUUCAUAUUCACACAUUCCAAAUGUAUGUCACUGCUAUUGCCAAAAGAUAGAUCAAUACAGGAAUUUUGUGUAAUAGAAUUAAUGAACAGAACUUGCAAGUGAAAAACUAUUGGUUUGCUAAUAGGAAUAAGUGUACACUUUAGCCUUUUCGUAUCAAAUCAAACCUUUGCUAGGUUGGAUUCAGAGGACGUUAGUCACAUUUAGAUCCAGUAAAAAUCAAUGGUGCUUGAGUUAUUCAUGAGAAACUUUUCACAUUGAUUUCAACAGAAUCUAAACAGAGUUGACUCACUCUGAAUUGAAGCCACUUGGUUUAACAGAUAUUAAUUUUAAGCAAAUAUUAAUUUUUAAGCAAGUGUCAACUCGUAUUGUGCUUAGCCUUUCUGAGUAGUAAUUUCUGCAAAUUAUUACAUCUAUUUUCUUAAGUGUUUAUAUCAUAUGUUCUAUUCCCUCUCCCCCGAAAGAAAUAGUUGUAAACAAACAUUGUCUUGCAUCUAGAAGUUUUUCCUCUUCCUCUUUGCAGGAAUGUAGGCAAAUUUGAAUGACUUUGUGAAUGCCUUAAUUGCUAUUUAAAAGCACAAAACCAAAGAUAAUGGCAACUGCUGUUUUAUGCAUAUAACUCCUAUUUAUCAUACUGCUUUAAAAAUCAACUUAGAAAUGUUUUUUGAAUAAUGGCUAAAAUAAAUAUGGAUAAUUUCUAAUUUUUCAGUGUGUGUCUUAUUUCCAAAUGUGUACUAACUAGGAGUAUUUUUAUUGCAUAAAGAAACUGUGUGUGUUAGGCUGUUACAAAUAAGGUAGGAUCAAAUAUUUGUAGAGCUGUAGCACUAUAAUAAUAAAUGUAUUUAGGUAAUAAAGCAUAAAGAACAAAAUGUGUAUCACACACUGAGUUGUAUAUAGUAGAAAUAAACUUUUAAUACUGUGAAA